AUGGCGGGUACUGGUUUCAUAGCGCAGAUUGGCACUGGGUCUCCGCUGAUUGUAGCUCUUCGAGUUGACAUGGAUGCCUCCCUCCCUUUGCAGAUCCCGGUUAUUCUGGUUCGGUCAGGUCGGGUCAAGAUUCAUAAAUUCGGUUCAGAUCUGAGAUUCAGUUCCAAUAACGACCCGGUUCAAGUUUCUAGUGGUGUGACGCAUCUUGGUGCUGCUAAGUUACUUGAUCAAAGAAAGGACAAUCUCAAGGGAACUGUUCAACUGAUUUUCCAACCUGCCGAGGAGGGAGGCGCGGGUGCAUCAAAUAUGAUAAAGGAAGGUGCACUUAGUGGCGCGGAGGCCAUAUUUGCAAUGCAUGUUGAUUAUACAAUUCCCACAGGAAUCAUUGCCACCCUUGCAGGACCAAUGAUGGCUGCUGCGGGCUUCUUUGCGGCUCGAAUACAUGGUAAAGGUGGUCAUGCUGCUGAACCACACAACAGUGUGGACCCCAUACUCGCUGCAUCGUCUAUAGUUUUGGCCUUGCAACAACUCAUCUCUAGAGAACUAGAUCCUCUUCUAAUCUACGUGCUAUCGGUUACUUAUGUUAAGGAUGGCAUAGGUGGUGAGGCGUUAAAUGUUAUUCCAGCGUAUGUUGAAUUAGGGGGAACACUCAGGAGUCUUACAACCGAAGGCUUGCAACGUCUUCAGCAAAGGGUAAAAGAGGUGGUUGAAGGACAGGCAGUUGUUCAUAGAUGCAAAGCUUUAGUUGACUUGAAGCAAGACGAAUUCCCCCCUGUUCCAGCCACCAUCAAUGAUGAAGCGUUGAUCAACCAUGUGGACAAGGUGGGUUCGAUGUUACUUGGUCCACAUGGAGUCAAGGUGGGACAAAAGGUCAUGGGUGGUGAGGAUUUCGCUUUAUAUCAGCAAGUGAUCCCUGGAGUUUUUUUUCGAAUUGGAAUACGUAAUGACGUUAUUGGUUCAAUCCACCCCAUACAUUCUCCUUAUUUCUUCCUUGAUGAAGAUGUUCUUCUCAUUGGAGCUGCAUUACACACAAGCAUUGCAGAGUUGUAUCUCAUUGAACAUCAGUCCCCUUCGUAAAAAAAAAAAAAAAAAAAAAAAGCAUUCACUUGUGAAAUACUUAAUAAAAACUAACAAGCACAUUUAUGUGAGUAAGAAAAUUUGAAGCUUGAAGAAUAAGAAUGAUUACUAUUAUUUUCUAUGAUUACACUUAGAAAGAAAUUCGUCAAAGGUGUAGAAAUACAUUGUAUAUAACUUGAUCUCUUUUGAUAGGAAUUAGGUGUGUGCUGCUUCAUUCAAAAUAUAUUGGGAGUAUAUUGAUCCCCAUGGUAUCAAAUGAGGAGUUUGUUUGUCUGCAACGUGAGUGGGCUAACGUCCUUUGCCUCGCGCCCGCAUUUCACCAAGUCUAAUGCCCCUAUGGGCGGUGUAUAACGCCCCUCCACCGGCCACGUGGAGGGAGCGUUAUACCAUAACACUUGGUCUAAUAAAAACACUCUUCCGACCUUCAAACAACCAGAAUAUUGUGACAAACACAAGUAGUUUUUUAUCAUACAGAUUCAUAAGUUGGACGGCAAAGUUUAAUUUCAUUCAGUUUGUUC